CACCAAGGUCCAUCCACGGUAGCCGAAAAAAGACCAAAAAUUCUGACGCUUCACGGAAGAGCAUAGCAGCAAGAAUAAUUCGCAACACAACACCAAACUAAGAAGAAACCAGACCCAGAAAAACCAGUCAUUCCCCAUUCAACCAUUAUCGAAUUUCAGUGCAAGAAGCCAGAAAUUUUCCCUCUCGGCCUCCCAAGGUUCUUCAUCGGACGGGGAAUAAGGCGAUCCCCAUGGCUUUCAACCAAACCGACAAUCGUCUUUGAAGAUCGAACCGAGCUUCUUCACCCCAGACCAUGGAGCUUGAGGUAUCUGAACCCACCUCAAAUUUCGUCGAUAAGAGUAAGAGGAAAAAUUUUGAGGGCCGAACUGGUGAUCGGGUUCGUGUGAAGAAGACGACCUUGCAGGCUGUGCUGGAGCAGUGUCAGAGAGCUCUUGAAUCGCUGAAUGAUUCCGACGGCGAGGGGAAUGAUGUGGAUGAAGACGAAGAUGAUCGGCUCGGUGAGGGUUCCGGGUCUUUGCGCAGUGACCAGGAAGCCGACGAGUUGUGUGAUCUUCUUAAAUCUAAAGUUGAAUGCCGUGACUUUCUUGAAAAGCUAGAGGAUGCUCAAGCAUCAGUUCCGCAAAAUACAUUAGAAUGUAGUUCUUGGGAUUUGGUCAGUGACGUGGACCUAUGGGAAAGUGGUGAUGCUCUAGAUCAAGAAGGUUAUGUCGUUGUGAAGCAAGAGGAUAUAGUUGAUGGUAUUGCUUGUUUCAUGGCUGCCUACUUAUUGUCCUUAAAGGAAACCAAGGAAUUGUCACCUAACCAACUUCAAAAUGCCCUUUGCAAAACAUUCUCAGUGAAGAAGAGAAAAGGAAAACUCCGGAAGGCAUGGGAUGGAAGCAAGGUCAUUUAUAACGUGGCAUCCUGGGGAGCUACUGCAGUUGGGCUAUACCAGAACCCUGUGAUUCUAAAUGCUGCUUCUAAAGCCUUCUGGACCUCCUGCCAAGUAAUAUCAAAGCUUCUCUAAUAUAACUUGUGUCGUUCCCAUUGUAAAUAUGCUCUGCUCAAAUGCAGUAUCUGAAAAACAAAAAAAAAUUGUUGUUCUUUGGGUUUAUUCUUUCAUGUCUCAGAUUGAUUAAUUCCUUGAAGAAUACACUCUCUUGUAAAUAUCUAUUUCUUCUGUUAGGAUCAUGUCAUUUGGAUGAAAAUUUCUGUAUUUAUGCUAGCGACUAUUAUUUGUACUUGCUCCCAUAUGGAAGCAAGCACUGCAAUUGAUUAUGAUUUGAUAGAGAUCUAUGGUUUCCAAA